AAUUAGCAUGCAGUGUUGAGAGUUGAUGCUGUUUAUGUAUAUUACUAAAAAAUAACAAUAAAACAAAUCUAAUUGAAUGGAAUACUAAUCGUAAUUUGUCCACCGCUGAAAAAUGUUCUACCACAUUUCAUUGGAGCACGAAAUUUUGUUACAUCCGAAAUAUUUCGGUCCACAACUAUUGGAGACAGUCAAACAGAAGCUAUACACUGAUGUGGAAGGCACCUGUACUGGCAAAUAUGGAUUUGUGAUAGCGGUAACUCAAAUAGACAAUAUCGGAGCUGGUCUCAUACAACAUGGACAAGGGUUUGUCAUGUACCCUGUUAAAUACAAAGCUGUUGUGUUCAGACCAUUCAAAGGAGAAGUUUUAGAUGGUAUUGUCACACAAGUAAACAAGGUUGGCAUGUUUGCGCAAAUAGGACCUCUCAAAUGUUUUAUAUCCCAUCAUUCAAUACCAGACUAUAUGGAGUUCUGCCCUAAUGUAAAUCCUCCAUGUUAUAAGAGUAAACAAGAGGAUAGCGUAAUACAAGAAGAGGAUGUGAUCCGAUUAAAGAUUGUUGGUACGAGGGUUGACGCGAGUGGCAUUUUUGCAAUCGGGACUUUAAUUGGAGACUAUUUGGGAUUAGUACCACAAUAACUUGAAAUUUAUGUAACACAGUUACAGAACACAUUAUGCUAAGGAUUGUACUACCACACCUCAAUUUUUAACGUUAGGAAUAUUCAUAGUCUUAAGAAUUAAAUGAGUACAAUGAAAUAAAAAGAUAUUUUCAUA